CCUGAACAGGCUCCGGCCACCCCCCGCCCCGUGCCUGUGCAGCCCCUCCCCGCUUCUGAAGGGCCCCCCGGGAGAGCGAGCGAGCUGCACCCUGCAGAGAUUUCCCUCCCUGUCCUGGCUGCCAUCCAAGCCGUGGGGAGCCAGGUGGACUCUCAGGCUGCACAGUUGCUGAAUCUGGACGGGAGAACGGGGACGGCUGAGAAGAAACUAGUCGGCUGUGAGAAAACAAUGGUGGAGUUCGGGAACCAGCUGGAGAGUAAAUGGGCCGCGCUGGGAACUCUGUUCCAGGGGUACGGGCUGCUGCAGAGGAGGCUGGAGAACAUGGAGAACCUGCUGAAGAACAGGAACUUCUGGAUCCUGAGGCUCCCCCCAGGCACUAAGGGAGAAGUUCCCAAGGUCCCGGUUAUGUCUGAAGACCUCUCAGUCCACUUCUCCAGGGAGGAGUGGGAGAAUUUAGAAGAAUGGCAGAAGGAGCUUUACAAGAACUUGAUGAAAGACAGCUAUGACUCUUUGAUCUCCCUGGGUAAAGCUCAGAUUUCACAUAUUGAUGAGACGCUGUGAGCUUAGCAAAGUGCCAGGUUGCCAGAUUCACUGACUAAAGCUUAGGCCUAGCCGGAGCCUAGGGUGAUGAAAGAAAGAUGGGGACAGCCCCUCAGCUAGUUCUUGGUAGUUUUUCCCCUUGGCGAGCUGCGUAAAUAAAUAGGAGGUGACAGCGCCUUUGGUUUCUGGUGAAUGAACAUGUAGGUCCCACAGAGCCUUUGCUAGGUGGUCAGUUCCACCCAUCCUCCAUUGGAAAGGAGCCUGGAACACACACAGCCCUGGCUCUGAUACCUUCAACUCGCGUCCUGUUUGUUUAUUUGCAGGUUGCAUUUAUUCGCCCCAGCAUGGAAAAAACUGUGCUAGUCUGCGUGUUGGGUUUAUGUGCUGCCGCCUUCUGGAAAGGGUGUUUCUUGAAUCAAAGCUGCGUAGAUUACAAAGGGAACAGUAGUAGCGUCUAGCAGUUUAUCAUUAUGUUCCAUAUUUAUUACUAAUACCAUUUAAAACCCUACACACGUGUGCACACGCACGCAGGUUUUAGAGGAGAUUGUGUUAGGAGUCAAGGGAGCUGCUGUUUUCCUCCCAAUCUAGUAAUUAACGAGCAAUAAACCAAAACAAUAUUUUAAUUUCUACUGGCUCAGACAUAUGCGAUUAUAUAAACCAUUCUAUGUCUUCCCUCUCUGGCCUGGCCUGGCCUUUGAAAUGGGCUCUGGCCUUUCUGCAGGUUUGUCGAUGGACAAAGGGAUUAUAUUGAUGUAGUGAAGAAGUCUUCAAAUUGCAUCAUUUCUGGGAACCCCGCAUCUCUUCUAGGAGUUACAAUCCUGCUCCUCCCAGCGCUUUAAUGUACCUUCUUGUAUGGUCUUAG